AAGGUCAGCUACGCGUGUUUUGAGGAGAAUGGCUUAUGGAUCUUUCACACUUAGAGGAGCCGUGGUAAGAGAGUUCUAUGACAAAAGAACCUCUUUAAAUCUGAAUUCAAGAAAGCUGAGCAGAGUUCCUGAGUUUGUCACCAGAUUCUCUAACCUCUCGGUCCUUCUGUUGUGCAACAACUCCAUCACUGUUCUUCCACCACAACUGCAAUCUCUAAAACACCUGACAGAACUGAAUCUGGGAAACAAUGCCCUGAAGGAGGUUCCUGUAGUUCUCAGCGGUCUCGAGUCCCUGAGGAAACUCUACCUCUACAGCAACAACAUCGAUGCGGUUCCACCUGAUGUGAUCGGUCGCUUAGGAAACCUCGUUGUCCUCAAUCUCAACCACAACAACAUUCGAAGGUUGCCACCAGAGAUCGGAAGCUUGAUGAAGCUUCAACGCCUCGGUUUGCUGGAUAACAAGCUGGAGGAGCUUCCUGAUGAAGUUGGCCGUCUUACCGAGUUAUCUGAGCUCAACCUUACCUUCAACCAGCUGUCACGGCUUCCCCGGGAGCUCUACCGGUGCAGGGAGCUGAAAAGACUACAUGUAGCCAGAAACAAGCUGACGAGCCUGCCAGAGGGAAUAACUGCUCUUGCUAAACUCCAGGUUCUGGAUGUGGCUGGGAACAUGCUGUCCAUGUUUCCCGUAGAGUUCCACCGGCUGCCGCUGAGGGAGCUGUACUGUGAGGAGAACGGGCUGGUUCAGUGUGAGCUGGUGCCUUUGCUGGAGAACACUGAGCUCCUUUCACUAAAGCUAGCUGCCAGAUUUGUUCUGCAAGAAGACAGAAAGAAGUCCUCUCUGAUCCACCUGAAACUUCCACAUUACCCGGACCUGAGCGACCUGUUGGCCAGCAGGGGCCGUUGUGCUGUUUGUCAGAGUCCCUUCCUCACUACGUGGCUGGAGUGCGUGCAUUUUAUAAGUCUGGAGAAGGACAUGAACAUGAGGAGUUGUCUCACCGUUCCGGUUCGGGCUCGUCUGUGUUCAUACAGCUGCUUCAGAUCAGGUGGACGCUCCUACUAUGGUGUUGAAACAUCAUGAAGACAACAGCAUUAAAGACUCUUUGGCCACUAGGUGGUAGCAAAAGAGCGUUGUAUUUUUUAUACAUCGCAGAUUCCUUUCCACAUUGGAGUUUUUUUCAGUUUUUUUUUUUUUUUUGGUUCUCUGUGUCAACUAUAGUUUUCAUACAACUCUAAUCAAUGAGACAAAGUUAAAUGUUAAAAGUAUUAAGGAGGUAAUUUAAACUUUUGGAGGUUUUAAAAAACACAUUUUAAUAGACCUGCAUACAUCUAGGCAGCUUAAUUUCUGGACAUAAGUCAAUUUGUGGAGGUGUGUAGGUACAUAAC